GCAGCAUCAUCAUGCGAAAAACAAUAAUGGAGGCUUGUAAUGCUGUCGAGCGCGAAGUUGCCAAAGUUUUGUUGAAAUUCAGUGCGAUAGACGACCACGGUGAAACUGUGCUACGGGAUUUGAUAAAUCACAUCGAAUCCAUUAAAAAAGAGCUCGAAAACGGUCCACCCGAUCACGAAUUGACACAAUGUCAAAUACAAGUGUUAAAUCAAGCGAUGACCAAGGUCCGGGACACAGUGCAGCGAUUGGCGACAGAUCAUCGCGACCUUCACAGCACAGUUUCAAAAGUUGGGAAAGCCAUUGACAGGAAUUUCAUUGCCGACUUUGCUAGCACAAGUAGAGAAGAUGUGUUCUCUGGACCUGAAAAAACACACCUACUCAACCAGGUUAUCUGCCAGCAUUUUUACAGACAGGGAAUGCUGGAUAUUGCCGAUGAACUCGCGUCGGAAGCUGGAAUCAGGACUGAAGAAGGCAGAAAGGAACCCUUCACAGAGUUGAACCACAUUUUGGAUUGUCUGAAGCAACGUAACUUGGAGCCGGCUUUAGAGUGGGCGCGCAAUCACCGCGAGGCACUUCUCGCUCAGAACUCGUCACUAGAAUUCAAGCUGCACAGACUACAUUUUAUAAGACUAGUCCAACAAGGUCCCGCGAAACAGAGCGAGGCAAUUCUUUAUGCCCGAAAAAAUCUCACACAGUUUGUUGCACGAUAUGAGAAAGAAGUGCAGUCUCUGAUGGGGACUCUUAUGUAUUUACCCAAUGGAAUACAGUCUUCACCUUAUAGUCAUUUAUUAAAUCCAACGCUGUGGCUUGAUAUUCACGAUGUUUUUACUAAAGAGGCGUGUACACUAUUGGGUCUCAGUGUCGACAGUCCACUCUCCGUUUGUAUAAAUGCAGGAUGCACCGCUUUACCUGCGCUUUUAAAUAUCAAACAAGUGAUGCAGCAGCGACAAGUGACUGGUAUAUGGAAUGGAAAGGAUGAGCUUCCUAUCGAAAUAGACUUGGGGAAGCAGAGCCGUUAUCACUCUGUAUUCGCGUGUCCAAUUCUACGACAGCAGAGUACCGAAAAUAAUCCACCAAUGAAGUUGGUUUGCGGUCAUGUAAUUUCACGAGACGCCCUCAACAAAUUGACUAGUGCUAAUAAAAAUCAAUUUGUUUCCAGAUUGAAAUGUCCGUACUGCCCGGUCGAACAAAACCCAGAGGACGCCAGGUUAAUAUACUUCUAGACUCUAGUUAGAUGUGAUAUAUCGUAUUUGUAAUGAAUAUACUUUAUGUUUCUCUCCUUAGUAAUUUUACUAAAUGUAUAGGUUUACAGAUACAUCAGUUUUGUUCGUUUGAUAUGGCUGUAAGGGCUAAUCGGAACAGUUAUGUACACGUAUUGUACACAAAGCUGCUAAAGACUUUGAUCAAUUUCCAUGGGAUUUCCUUUACCAAAGUCGAUUUUCUUUGUUCUGUUUUUCUCGUUUUCUUAACCUAUGAUCAAGUUUAGAACAAAAAAUUAUUUGCUUUGUUCGAAACUUUGCCAAUUACUCGUGUCAAGCAUAAUAGUUUUUCAUCAAUCCCAUCUGUCGAGUACGAAGUUCAGUUGUUGCAUCAGUACAUGUUCAACAAACUUGUUUUUGCACUCAGAAAACAAAGGGGAGAGAUGAAAAAAAAUUCAAUGUUUGCCUGAUUCGUUGGCGCAGAUUAUUUUUAUUAUUGUUCGGGUCAAUUUUUCGUUCCUAAUUGCGAUACUCAUUAGUUGAAUAUCAAGUCAUGCACCACGACUGGAUACUUUUGUUAUCAUUGUUAUCGGUUAUAUUUUUUUUGGUGUUAUCCUCGGAACCGAAUAAUGUUAUUUAUUUUAUUGUAUUCCGUUUUUACUGUUACAAACACAUCGUCAGAUCGCUUAUUUUGGUAAAGGAAUGUCCCUAUGAUGUUGAGCUACCUAUUAGCUAUACACUUGUUUGUGUAAAAUAGUUUUAUAUAUUAUAAAGAAAAACGAAAAACAGGAAGAAAACAAAGGUGUGAAUUAAAUCUAGUUGCGACAUGGUAUACUAAUGAAUCGAUUCUAACAGCGCAUUAGUUGAGUUGUCACAAUUACGUCGUGUGAUUCCUUAGCGUAUCGAUAAUAUUAACAUUCAUAUUAUACUCAAAUCGUAUCUGAAUUCACGUAACAUAAAUUCACGAAAUACGAUUUGAAGAUAAACAUACACACUGACAAGGAAAUGUCGAUCAGAAUGAACCGCGUGACAUUCUCAUAAUUAAAUUAAAUCUAUAUAUUCGUAUGACGAGCCGUUAUUGGGUCCUAAAUCUGUAAACUAUCAACUUCAUCAUCACUUUUUAUUGCACUGGAUAUAGUUAUACGUAUUCUGGGAUUUAUAAUCAUAAAAUCGUCCGAAGACGAUUUUACGCGCCUCUGUCAAAGUCCCGAAGAUUGAUUACAUCAAAGUAACAGUGUGUAAUGCGAUUUUUACUCGCAGAUUUCUUAACAUUAUCCCUGUAAUACUUGAAUACAAUAUACAUAAUCCCAUAACCGACGGUUAAUUAACGUAAUGCGAGAAGAUUACUCUCGCGAAAUGUCGUUUUUAAAUAAUCUGUAGUCAUAUAAGGUAUAUAAAUUGUUAUUAAAACUCGCGUUCAAUCACCUUAAUCAGUUAUUGAAGGGUAAGAAACAAGUUUUUACCAAUUCAAAAAAACGAUUGUAGUUUAAAAAAAAAUACGCGGUUUUCAGCCGUCCUUGGGAUCCUGGAGAUUGUAGAAAACCAUUCUGUAAUCCACGAUUCCUCAAAUUGAUAAGAUAGUGUCCUGUAGACGUUUACUUUCGUUCUAAAAACUGUUCACAAUUUAGUCUACUUGUUGACUUUGGAAGGUUUAAUUUAGUCUGUUAACUUUGGAAGGUUUUUAUCUUUCGUCCGGGACUAUCACCUGAUUUUGCGUUAGUACACAAAUUGGCUGAUCAACCCUCAAUUUCGAAUUUCUAGUAAUUCGCGGCAAUGAUUAUUCUACUAUUCUAAUUACUAUCAUAAUAACGGAAUGUAGAUUAUAACGAAUUAUUAUCAAUAUUCCGUAUAGUAUGAAACGAUUGGGAGACAUAGGUUACCUAGUAUAUAGGAGGGAUUAUUUACGUUUUAGUCAAUUGCGCGGUUGAAUAACAAAUAAACAUAUAAUGAAGUAUUUAUUUACUGCAAUAUAUUAUAGGUGAAGUGAUAAAUUAUAACAUAUGUACAGAGCCAUAGAUUGAAUCUGACAUAUUUAGGGCCACCGGUGUAGUGUGCCAUUUGUUUGACAUGGAAAACAGAUGUCGAUGGCCGCCUCGAAUAUGUUAGAAUAAAUCGUACUGCACGUGCAUAUGGAUUUUUAUUUUUUUAUUUUUUUUCGUAAGUAACAUUAAGUAUGAUUAUACUAGGUAGUCAGUCGCUCGACGAUCGGUUCAAAUCUCUGUACACAUUUUUAUUAUAAAAAGUUUUAUAUUAUAGCCGAUAUCUGCCGGAAUUUUUUCUCGAAUAAAAUGUUACUUAUGAAAA